UCUUCAAGGUUAUUUAUUAUUAUUGAUAAUUAUUGUUUCAUUCAAUUUAAUGUGAAUGUGGAAAUAAAUGGGCUGAACAAUUAUUCAUAAAGGAGCAAGGCUGAUUUUUUUAAUUCACCACUGUCUUUCAACCAGCCGUAAAUAUUCCUAUUGUAAAGAACCAAUCUUAUUAUGAAUACAGCAGAAACAUUUGCCUCAUUUGAAAACAUACUAGAAGCAUAAUGGAACGAAGAAGUUGUAUCAUCUAUUUGCCAAAUCACUCAAAGCUGGACCUGUCAGUGAAUCCUAAGCAACUUGGUAAAGAUCUAUGGGACAUUGUUGUUUCGGAACUCGAACUAACAGAGGAAGAUUAUUUUGGACUCAAAUAUAAAACAACAGGUGAUCAUUAUGCCUGGUUGCAAGGUGAUAAGAAGGUGCUUGAUCAUGACAUUGAAAUGAAAUCUACUAAUUUUCCUCUUGAAUUCACUUUUUCUGUUAAAUUUUACGAAGAUUCUGUCACUGUGCAUAAACAUGCAUCCACUGUGGAACUCAUCUUUUUAUACGCUCAAAAUCAAAUAUACAAGGGAGAAAUUUAUGUUCCUUGUGAUUUGUCAUUGGAACUCGCUGCCCUCGCAAUGCAGGCAUUCUAUGGGGAUUUCAUCAGUGAGGAAACUGCCUGUGCAAACUACAAGAAUCUCUCAUGCCUUCCAAGAUCCGUAAUUUUGGAACUUCCUUCUAUAGAAUACUGUGAAGACCAAGUUAUUUCUUGGUAUAAAAGUUUUUGCGGAAUCUCCAGAGGUCAAGCUAUUUUAUUAUACAUGUGUAAAGCUGAAAAACUUGCCAACUAUGGAGUUCACUUCUUCAAAGUAAAAGACAAAACAAGGUUAACAUGGUGGUUGGGAAUAAGCAACAAGGGAAUUUAUCAAUACAACUACACCGACACAAUCAAUCCGCAUACCGUAUUUCAGUGGCGUAAUUUGGAAAAUCUUUAUUUUCGAGAGAAAAAAUUUUCUGUUGAAGUUUGUUCUGGGCAUAAACGUUCUCAUAGUUCUGGAUUUACAAAUUCGUCUGAUAAGUCAAAGAAAAGUGGAAAUAAUCGACAACAACCAAUAACACACACAUGGUAUGGAUCUCCUCAACUCAUCAAGUCCAUAUGGAUAAUGGCAAUCGCCCAACAUCAAUUUUAUUGGGAUAGAAAACAAUCUUCAAAGAGUAAGUUUCAGACCAACAGAACAAACGCAACAAAUAUUCGAAACGCACUGGAUAAAAAUUCCAACAGUUUUGUCGUUCCACCUGCUGAAACAGACGAUAAAAUGCCAAAAAAGAACCACAACAAUAAAUAUGCUGAAGUAAAGUCGUAUAAGAAAGUGUCAUCACAUGGCAAUGGCAGAGUACAUCAUUCUCAUUCUCAUCAACACAAGCAACAACAAUCUCCAGAAAUAUUAGAAUUAGAAAAAAAAAUGGUCUCUGAUCUAAAGCAAAGAAAAUUGGAUUUGGAAGAUAGAUUGUUCGAGAAAGUUCAAGAGUUGAAAUCCGUUUGUUUAGAGGAAUUUCAUAUCACAGAAAAGCUACCUAUCGAUUACAUCAGAUAUAUGACUAUGGAUGAGGAGAAACCAGUUAUACGGAAGAAAAUAGAAACAAAAUUUCCAGUUCAGCUUCGGCAACAUACGAACAAAGGGAAUCAUUUUGAUCAGUCUGUCACUGAUCAACUCCAACAACUAGAAAGCGAUUAUGAACUUCUUAAUCAAAUAACGAAUGCAGCGUACAAACUUGCAUAUGAUCCAUCAUCACAUGGAAAAAUUAGGAGAAAUAGAUUGCAGUCGUAUCAGAAAUCUCUUAAAAAGUUGCAGGAUAUGGAAAAUCGAAUUGAUGAACUUCGUACAAAACAAGGAAAAGAUCCUGCAUUGCGACAUUCAACAUUUAUCACUACUAGUGACACUGAGAUAUUGGCUGCAAUGAAGGAAUGUAGCAUUGAUGAAAAAUCAGAACGAAGUUCACUGUCUGAUGGUAUAUUAUUAGAGGAUGGAGCUUCUAUUAGCAGUGGUGCAGAAGCAUUAUCAACUCACAGCACUCCUGCGCUUUCUUUACAUCCAGACACAAGUUCUGCUGAUGUUGAUAUGGAUGAUUUGAAUAUCCAGAGAUCCAAAACACCGCCUCCAACAAGGUCUAAAGUUGCUUGGCUGGAAUCACCGAAGGUCAAAGGCAAUAAAUCACAACACAUGAUUUCUAAUCAUUCAUACCCAGUGUUACCAUCACCCACAUCAAAUAGAUCUACUGCUUCAUCUGGGACUGAUACACCACCCUAUCAAACGCGAAGUAGAGAUUGGGUGCAAACAAAAUGGGAACACCCUAGACAUCAUGCUGAUUGGAAAGUAUCUUCUCUUGACAGCCUGGAAUCAAAUGGAAGUAGAAAGAGUAGUGAACAUAAUUUAUCUCACAGUCCAAGUAGAAGAAAAAUAUUAGCAAAUGGAGAGAAUGCUAAUGCAAUGAGGAUAGCGAGGGCAACAGAAUCCGCUCGUGCCCACAAAGUCAGUUUACGUGAGAAACAGCGUUCUGCUGCAGAACCUUCACAUCGAAUGGGAACGAUCAAUCCAGUAUUGGAAAUUAUCCAGGACACUGUGCCAGAUGACGGCAAAGAUAGUAGGACGAGUCUCACUGAUUCAGGACAUGGUACGGACAGCAGAGCUCAGUUAUAUUAUGAAGAAGAACUUGCAAGAAAGAGACUUGGUGCUAAUUCAAUAAGGAGAGAUAUCAGUGAUUCAUCAUUAUCAGAGUUAUCAACUCAAAGCAAUCCAGCUGCUUUACCAAGUAGCGGACACGUUCCCAAGUUCGUUCCAUAUUUUAUGUCAAGACCUCGAGCAGUAACGCAAGCUCCAUUACAAGAAGUCUCGGUCCAACAGAACGAAGCAUCACAUGUACGAAAACGCAGUUCCAGUUUCACUGAAUCCGGGAGCAAUAUCCAAAAACCAGUUUCAAGGAGAGAUAACCAUCGAACAUUAACGAGAUCAAAGACUCAUUAUGAAAAUGAUACUCUAACAAAAGAUUCUGUUCGCGAUGAAAAUUUUGAUUCCAAUGACGAUAUAUCUGCAAGUGAUAAUAACUCAUGUGGGUUAUCAUCUAGUCAAAGCGCUAAUAAUCUUCCUCCGCCGACAUUUGAAACAAAUUUAAAUAUAUGCAAACAAUAUUUGAGUAGAAGUCAAGGUCAACUUGCCAAUGCUCAAAACAAUCAAACCACUGCCAUACAAAAUAAUCCCAGUUCGGAAGAACAAACUACCGAGGUGCCUUAUAGCUCAGUCUCACAAAAACAAAGUUGGUCAAAUGUAACUGCUAAAUCAGCAGGCACAGUUAGUGCAAAUAACAGUAAUAAUAAACCAAACUUUGGACAGAUUUAUCAACUAUCGCAGAGUCGUAGUGGUGCUUACAAUACGAAAUUACGAGAUCAGCCGAACCGUUCUGAAACUCCACAAGGCACAUCAUUGUUAGCACAUCAUAAUAUACCAAGAGGAAAUAGUCUUGACAGUAUUUUAGAUCGAGGACACUCAACAGAUACAGAGUUGAACCCUGACACAAUGAAAAAUUUUAGUGUGGAACCGGAACAUUCCAAUAAAUUCUAUGGAGCCCAAGACCAUCAAUAUCCACGAUAUCAAGGAUCUCAGUAUAGCAGAACAACAACAUAUCAACGUUUAGAUGCAACUAAUCAAGUUGGGAAUCUACUGCCGAACAUGAGCGUCAUGGAUCGUGAUAAAUUCAACAAUGAAGCAUUCCAAGAAAUUCAGGGAAUGGGCUGGGUACCUUCAUUAGAUGAUUAUGGAAGCAGAGCAUCUGUUGCUGAGAGUUUACCUGCCAAGUCUAAAAAAGAGGAUAUUAUGGAGUUACUACAGCAACAUAUAGCUCAUAAUUGGGUUCCAAGACGAACUCCAUCAACGUCUAGUACCAAUACAAUGAGAAACAAAAUGGAUAGGAAAUUACAAGCAAAAAUUAGAGCAGAAAUGAUGAAAGAAAAAGAUUCCAAGCCUGCGAAUGCUGAUCCAACAGCAAAAACAUGGGAAGGAUACAAACAAAAUGUACAAACCAUGAAGCGAAGUACGCAACAACCGUCUUCACCAGGAAAAUCAGAACAAGCAUCGGGCGUGAAUAUUUUUGCACACAAACAACCACCACCAUUGUCAUCACAGCAACAAAAUGUUCUUGGUCAAAGGAAUCUCAACAAGCCAAUGGAUACGGCUUCCGAAUAUUCUCAAAAUACUAUUCAUAAAGGUUAUAUCGAUAAAAAUGGAUUCAUAUCUUUUAAUGAUCACAGAUCUAACCAACUAAGAAAAUAUUCCGCACCUGUUAAUAAUUUCGCAACUUCAAGACAAAUUCGAUCACAGCAAACAAAUUAUCCUGAUUAUCCGGGCUCUAAUCCUUUCGAACGAGGAUACCUUUCAGCAACAUUACCCCGUAAAUAUGUCUCAAAAGAGGGCUCACCAAAACGUCCCCAAACGACUUAUACUUUGGCUGAUCUUCAACGUACUUAUUCCUAUACUACCGGAGAUCCUAACGAUUUCUACCCUACCACUGCCAAUUUUAAUAGCUCCCCUGAAAACUUGCCUCGUACAUACUCCCAUCCAGUGGGUGAAUACAUUGCGGAUGACUAUAAUUCUCACCUCACUGGUGGUUAUAUAGAUCGCACUACGCGACGUCAAAAUCCGACACAACACAGCACAAAUUUCAUGUCUGUCACACAACCUGUCACAUCUCUCUCACAUAAUUUCCCAGCGACAGGAAAUGCAGCCAACAUGACGGAUGCAAGAAAAUUAGCUUCUGGAUUUACAGCGACUAUGUCUCAACAAGCCAAGUCAUCGCAUCGAAUUUCACAACAAACUGGUUAUCGACAACAACAACAGCAAAUCAAAGGGAAAGAUAUUGAAGAAACAACCGGAACAGAAUACCAAUCCACAAAACCUAUUCCUAGUUCUGAAGAUACGGCACUUGUUGUUCAGGCCACUAGAACAAGUCCAGAUGGUCACAAAGUUAGCGUUUUUACAGUUACGAAAAGCACUCCAAGUACGCCCGAUAAAUUGAAAACCUUGGAUAGGAAAAACAAGGAUGAUGAAAAUCCAUUCUUUUUUAAAACCCCUGUGAAACAGAAACUGAAAACUUCACUCAGCCAGCCAGAAUCCAACAACAGUCCACUAUCACCCAGUGCUGCUUCUGAUAUUAGCUCCCAAUCUAAUACUGACGUACUACAAGCACUUGCUAUUGAAGCUGCACGCGUUGCACAGAAAGCUCUUGCAGAUUCACAAAAGAAUUUGGAUAAAUAUAGUCUGAAAAAUAAUCUUGAACCUGAUCAAACUUCGUCUCCGCCAAAUUUUAAUCUGCGCUCAUCGACUAGAGAAAGAAGAGCUACAGGAGACUUUUUGAGUCCAUUACCAAAAUCAAUGGAUGAUCCGACACCAAUGCAAAAUUCAGUGCAAGGUGAAACAAAAACUCCAAGAUCAAGAAGUAAAACUAGAAAUGACAGAGAUUCAAGCACUGGCAGAUCGAGCCAACCUGUGGCAUUAAAUGAUGACGGAGUAUGUUAUCCAGUUAAAGAUUUAAGAAAUGAAUCAAAAUCUCAAAACAAUUCACACAAGACCAAUUUUACCCCGAUGUUUCAAAGAACUUUGUCCACACCAAUCCGUAGCAGACCAGGUGGCACUCGAUCUGGUAACGGAACAAAAAUGGCACUUUCUACUCCUAACAAAAAAACAACAGGAAUGUAUAAUGAAUCUGUAUCUGGUAGUUCAUCGAAAGUCCGACCUCCUGCUGCCCCUCGUGGUAAUAACACUCCGUCACGCCCACCUCAAGCAGUGAAAGAUGUUAAACAGCAAAAUGCUUCCAGACGACAACAAUAUCAGAUCGGCCAAUCAGGUACCUUGCCGCGAACCCCCAGAUCAGCAAAGAAAAUUGAGCGAUCUGGUAGUACAAGUGGAUCAGCACCAUCUCAAUCGACUGUAAGCUCUUCUCAAGCUAAAACCAUGAGAAGUCAGAAUGAUAGUUCAUACAGCAUUUCGGUCCAAAGAAAUGAUAUGUACAAUGCUCUGUAUGGAAUACAAGAUCUGAAAUAUAAAAGGAGGUCGUUCACAGAAGCUAUAUCACAGUCCUCUCGUGCAACAACUCCCACGCCAUCACAAUGUCGUGAAAUGGUGGUUGGAGCAUCAAAACCACCAUUAUCCAUUUAUCAGACGGCAACCAGAUGCAAAACUGCAUCGGUGAAUCUCAAACGUAAAAAUACACACAGAAGGUCAAUGUCAGAAACUUGGAAACAGCCGGGAGGUUUAGGUCAAGUUCAGCAGCAAUAUCAAGUUGCGCCUCUCAGUUCUCAACAACACCAUCAUCAUUACCAUCAUAUGGGACAUCAGGGCAUGGUACCAACCACCGGUGAUCCGAGAUUGGCUCAUGAACCUCCACGUAGAACUGCUUCAGCAGAUGACCUUUUGUGGCCAGAACAAAGAGAGGGCUCUUAUAAUUUAAGUUCACAACAAGGAACUUUAGUCUGAUUUGAUGUAUUUUUUAAAGUUGGGCAGUAUUGUAUUUUUACAUGUUUUUAAAUUUUAUGAUUUUUUUUUCUAUUUAGAUUUUUUUUUUAAAUUCAUUUCUUGAGCUUAACAAAAUGAACGCUUUCUGCCAAUAGCUCUUUGUUCCAACUAUGUUUCAAGCUUAAUUUAUCACUAGCAACUGAACAAAGAAUAAACCUUUGAAUUUUAGUAAAAUUUAUCAGCUUUUUGAAAUGUUAUUGCAGACUAUUAAUGUAUCAUGUCAUCUUCUAUAAGAAAGUAAUAUUGAAAAUUCCAAUAUAGAGCAUAGUUUUUCAUUUUUCACACAGUCCUACCAUUAUAUAUUACAGCAUUUUUAUGACUGGCAACAUUCAAAACAAAAAUUGAACUGGUAAUACUUUGUGAUGUUAAAUUUAAGUUAGUCAUAUCUGCGUGUAUAUGGAAAAUAUUUUAUUCAGCAUUAUUAUUUCUGAAUUACUUUUUUUUUCAACGUUCUAUUGAGACAAUUGAUUUGUGUCAUGUGAUUUUCUUUUGACAGCAAUAUUAUUUAAUUUUAAAAUUCGUAUAAUAGGCAUUGUGAUGUCAUCAUGAUCAUUGUUAAACAUGCAUGGAAUUAUUCAAGUGAAUCGUUUUAAUUAUUAUUUUUAUUUUAUUAAGAAUCAAAAACAGCAUGUUGCUGAUGAAUCAAUAUAUAAUGAUAUUACUUAUAACUGAGAAUGCAACAGAAACUUUGAAAACAGAUAAAUGUAUUUUUUGUUCGUAUCAAUCUAAAAAAGGUUGGAUAGGCUAUUAUGCCUUGAAUGGGAACAUUAGAAAGAUGUAAACCAGGUGUGAGUAACAAGCGGCCGCCAUACCAUUCAGUGUGGCCCUUGUAAACUCGCAGAUUUUUAGUUACUCACGAAGUGUGUGAACCAAGAUAGCGGACACCAGAACGUAUUGUCUGUACCAGAUUAUUAGGCCAUAAUUUUUUCCCAAUUUUCCUUAUUUUAGUUCUAUUACGAGUUCGGGGAGCCAAGAGACUCCCGUA